AUGGGGGAACCGUGGAAAAGUCUAACAAACAAAUCAUUGGAUGAUCAGAGAACAGAACCUGAAAUUCCUGGAUUAAAGCUGGCAAAUCCAGCUGUUCUACCAGCACCCCAGAAAGCAGAUGCCAACCUUGGCGACUACUCAGAGCUUUCAUCGCAGAAGCCACCAAAACUGCCUCAUAUUCGGCGUGGUCCUUCCAAUCUUCAGAUCAAGCCACCAUGGAGGGAUGGGAGGCUGAAGACCCGACAUGAUACCAGCAUUGUUGUAGAAGAGCCCAUCCAGGCUGAUAAAGAAGAGAAAACGGAGAAAUCUGUUAUCAGCUGGAGAGGAGCAGUGAUAGAACCUGACCAAAGCACUGAACCUCCAUCUAGUAAAAUAAAGGAACCAGAAAAACCUUCAUCUGUGGUAGCUGAAGACCAGAAGGAACCAGUGCCCAUAAACGAACGUCAGAUGGCUGUGAUAGAAGCGUUCCGCCAUGCAUGGAAAGGAUACAAGGAUUUUGCCUGGGGCCAUGAUGAGCUGAAGCCUUUGUCCAAGUCCUACAACGAGUGGUUUGGACUUGGGCUUACCUUAAUUGACGCCUUGGAUACCAUAUGGAUUUUAGGCUUAAAAGAAG